UCUGAAACAGAAUGAAGAAAAUGCCGUAAUGUAAGGUAUUAAAUAUACUUCUAGUCGGACGGAAAACUAAAUGUUAUUAUGUUAUGCUCAAAAGGCCCCUGCAAAGUGUAGAUUUGUGCUUGUUCUUCCAUAAGAAUCAAUGUAAAAGUGCUGCAUUUAAGACAUUUAUUGAACUUGGAUACAUUUUUCAAGGAAGUAUCAGUACUACCAACAUAAAAAGAAGCAGUACGGCCAACUUAGAACAAAUAUUACCAGAAAGUAAAAGAUACUUUGUGAUGAUUAGAUUGGAGCAGGCACAUAAAAUUAUAAGUCGACUCAUUCAUAGUUAAUUCUUCAUUAUUCUAUCACAAGAAGGAUUCAUGGUUAGGAAUUGAAAGUGGGUUUCAUAUAAUUCUUCUUCCUGGUCUAGUUACGAAAAUAUUUGAAAAAUGGGCAACAUAAUUAUGAUAGAUGUCAGCUACUUAGCGAAAGAUGUGGAAAAUGUAUGAAGAGAACCGAUAUACAUAUAUCGAGAUAUGAUGAAUAAACACGACAUUGAAAACUGUUCAGUUAGAUUUGCAUAACAUUUCGGCGAGAAAACUCCCGCCACUUUCAUCACUAACACACUCGAUAACACAAUAAGUUUUCAUUCUUCGAAUAACCGUCAAAGCAGGCACAGCAGUUGCUCCAGUAUGAAACAGUACAUUCAGUUAAACUUGAUUAAGACAUGUAUCGAGCAAGAAUUUAUCCGAACCAGCUACGCAGGCGCGUGUUUACCGGCUAGUUUAAUAUUUCAUGAAGUUGCCAGCCAGUAUGGGAUAAAGACAGAGGUGGUAGUAGGUGCAAAGUUCUACUCAAAUGGAAUUGUAAUUACGCCCCAUUUCUGGAAUGAACAUACGAACUAGUAUACGGCCCAACAGAUGCAAUUACAAAACAUCAUCUACCUCAUCAAAUAGAAUUUACGAUGAAAAAAGGAAUGUUAUGUGUAAAAGCGGCGAAGACAUAAAAAUGUAGAAUAUUUAUUAUGAUUUUCAGAAAAGCAAAUCGACGACUGCCUAUUUUAAAGAGGCUCCUGCAGGUCUGCUGGAAAUACGAAAAAAUAUUUUUAUUACUGUAGCAAAGAUACUUAGGAAAAAAUAAAUAAAUUUUUGAAGUAAUUGUUUUUUAUAUACAACUCAGUUAUUGACAAUGACCUACUUAGCUAUAAAACAAAUAAUUAAAGAAUUAGGUUAUAUUGUUACAAACAAUAUAUCACUUGUUAAUAGGAAGUACGUCAUUGAUGCUUGUAGCAAAAAGGUUGUUGAGCGCAAAGAAAGUGUGAUAGCAGAGAAAGAGAGAGAGAGAUAGAGAGAGUUAGGUGCUGACACGUUCUGUCACGUUCUGUUAGGUGCUGACACGUUCUGUCACGUUAUUUUACGUCACGUUCUGUCACGUUCUGUCACGUUCUGUUGAGUACUGUCACGUGAUUUACGUCAUUCACGUAACGCUCUGUUAGUUACUGUCACGUUCUGUUAGUUACUUAAGUACGUCAUUGAUGCUUGUAGCAAAAAGGUUGUUGAGCGCAAAGAAAGUGUGAUAGCAGAGAAAGAGAGAGAGAGAUAGAGAGAGUUAGGUGCUGACACGUUCUGUCACGUUCUGUUAGGUGCUGACACGUUCUGUCACGUUAUUUUACGUCACGUUCUGUCACGUUCUGUCACGUUAAUACGUGACAGAACUAACAUAUCUGUCAUACUAUGCAAGUCAGAUGCUAGUCAGAUGCAAGUCAGAUGUAUGCCAGAUGCAUGUUAGCUAUAUGUCAGAUGCGAGUUAGCGGAUAUAGAUAAAGGUGUUAACUAGAGAAACGGCAUUCAGAUACAAGAAAAUUAACGGUGAACAUCGUGUCAAGCAGCUUGCUAAGUUAUUAAAAAAAGUAUAAUUCACUCAAAAUAAUAAUGCAACGUGAACAACAACUCAAAACAGUUUUAACACCUAGUACUGAACCUCUUGGAGAACUAAACAAUUAUCUGAAAACUUCACAUCAGACAGAGAAGCAUGAAGAGACCAGCGGACACCAAAACAAUCGUUUGAGAAAUAUGCGCCAGAAGGAUGAAGAAAGCACAGAUGAAGAAGAAGAUGAACACCUUCAAAAAUAUUGGCAUCAUUCACCAGACCUUGAUAGAGCUUAUGGUCCACACUAUGUUUGGAAAACUGAUAAAUGGCUAAUGGGUGAUAUGGAAAUCAAAUUUGCUCCUAAGAAUAUACUGAUUAACGAUAGCAAGUACAAGGCUACUUGUGGGCUAUAUACUAUAAUUUUAUAUGUAUCCUCAAGACUUUACACCAAAUGAUAGCCUAAACUAUAAAAAAAAUAUUAGAAGUCACAGGUGUUCAUAGAGAUUCCCUAGGAUAUUUGAGGCAUCAAGCAUUCCCGGAUAAAUUUAAUAAGAUCAUAAAACCUUUGUUUAAAAAUAACUCAAACAUGCGUCGAAGCCCCUGUGAAAAUGUUCGGAAAACUGAGAAAA